AUGAUGUUUCACCAGCUGACGGAUCAAGCAGUGAAUGGCAGCUGCCAGGGACCCAUCUCAGCGUGCAAUAAGAGCGCCGAUGGAGACGCGCUCCAGCUGCCUACCUUCUCCACGGCGGCCAAAGUCAGAGUCAUCAUCACCUUCACCCUGUGCGCAGUGUCAGCUGUGUGCAACUUGAUCGUGCUUUGGGCUGCCAGUAACGGCGGCAAGCGCAAGUCUCACGUCAAGAUCCUCAUAAUGAAUCUGACCGUGGCGGACCUCCUGGUGACUUUCAUCGUGAUGCCCGUGGACGCGGUGUGGAACAUCACGGUGCAGUGGCAGGCGGGAGACGUCGCCUGUAGACUGCUGAUGUUCAUGAAACUGGUGGCGAUGUACUCCUGCGCUUUUGUAACUGUGGUCAUCAGCCUGGACAGGCAGUCUGCAAUUCUUAAUCCCCUGGGCAUCAGUGAAGCCAAAAGGAAAAGCAAAAUCAUGUUGACUGUGGCCUGGACGAUGAGUGUCAUCCUCUCACUCCCUCAGAUGUUUAUAUUUCACAACGUGACCAUCACAGUUCCGGAGAACUUCACCCAGUGCACCACCCACGGCAGUUUUGUCCAGCGCUGGCAGGAGACCCUCUACAACAUGUUCACUUUUGUGUGCCUGUUCCUCCUGCCUUUGGUCAUCAUGAUCUUCUGUUACACACGAAUCCUCAUUGAGAUAUCCAGCCGUAUGGCUCGGAGCAGCUUGCUGUCAAAAGAUGUUUAUCUCCGCCGAUCCCACAACAACAUCCCGAAAGCUCGGAUGAGGACUCUUAAAAUGAGCAUAGUCAUUGUGACAUCUUUCAUCGUCUGCUGGACCCCGUACUACUUGCUCGGCUUGUGGUACUGGUUGUUUCCUGAGAAAAUGGAGGAAACUGUCUCUCAUUCACUGACCCAUAUGCUGUUUAUCUUUGGCCUCUUCAACGCGUGUCUGGACCCCAUCACUUAUGGUCUGUUUACCAUUCAUCUUCACCAAGGUCUCCAGAGAUGCUGUCCAACUUCAAGAACACGGACUGAAUUAGAAAACAACACUUGCCAUGUACACAUGACUCGCCUGUCAUCUCACAGGCCGAUUGCCUCCAGUAGCCAAAAUACAGACAUAGAGGAGGGAAACGACAACAACAGCGUGAAAAAUGGCUCAAAGCCAAUCAUCCCAGUAAGCAAAAUGUAAUGGCUUAAGGAUCUUCGAUAAAAAAUAAUCUCUACUCAUAAUCGGCAUUGAGCUAUGUCUACUCCAGACCUGACAGCUGGUUCAAUGAUGUUGCUUCAGUAUGAUGAAGAUCCAUACAAUCCAGGCAUUCUUUCAUCAGUUUAAUCUGUUUUUGUUGCCCUGAUGUAAUUGAUGGUGUAUUAUACCUCUGCCCUGGUUUGCUCAUCCCACAUAUUGGACACCAGUGAUCAGAUUUUGACAAAUGAUGCAAACGAGUGAUGCAUGCAGCCUUCACAGAUAUCAUCAUGACUGGCUGAUGGUGACGCUGUACAUCAUACAGAAUGUGUCACUCACUGCUGAUUGGAUUUUCACGAAGCUUAAAGACCUAUGCGUGGAAUGAUUAAAUUUAGGUCAAACUGAUGACAAGUCUGCUUGAAGUUGCCAUGAAUGGGCUAACAAUGUCAUACACCCAUAUGCUCUGCUCUUGAUAACAGUGGGUUUAAAUAAAAAAACUUUGAUUCACAGGUUGAAUCAAUCUGACACACACACAUGGCUCAACACACAAACUGGGUUUUACUGGGUAGACUUAUGUCUUAUAUUAUUCCAUGUGUCAAAAAACCAGCAGAAACAAAAAUGUGUGCAUUGAUUUAACAUGCAGUGUGAAAGAUAUAGUCAGAAUUUUUUAUUUAAAUUUAAUUUUUUACAACAUUGAAAACUAACAACAGAAUGUGAAUAAGAGUUGUGAGGUUAAGUCAAAGAUCUCUGUGUAUUGUGUUGCAGAUAUACUGUAUCUACUGAAAUGAACAAGCUAACCAGCUAGCUCUAGCCCAUCCUGUCUUGUAAUACCACGUGUACAUCAGGCGUCGCUCAGUCACGUUGUAUAUCCCCUAAUGACUUAGCAAACACAAAGAAGCUGAAGCUCAUGGCAAACGAUCUUUAUCACCAUCUCAACCAUCUGCUUCUGGUAAGAAACCUUGAAAUUGGCUGCUAAGAAGGAAAACAAGAUUUGCAUGGCUUUCCACCACUGGAGAUGGAUCUUGGCAGGUUAGGAGAUAAGGUUUAAUAGGGAGCUUGCUGUGUUUCUUUUUUCUUGUAAGUCGCAUCUUACAUCGGCUAUUUAAAUCCAAGUCUUUAGUGCAACCAAUGACAACACAAACUAUACUUAAAUAUUCCAAUUGGUGUUAAUAUAUAUGGUUUGAUGUAACUUCAAGAUGCAACACGUUAAGAUUAUAAGAUGGCAGUGUUAUUUUGUAUAUUCUUGCCCUGCUGUUAGUUAGAAGUCAUUUUAUUUUUAUUUUUUUGAUGACUGUACAUCGAGAAAAUGUCAGUGUGUCUAACUGUGCACAAUCUGGGUGGGAGUGAUGAAAUGCUGAUAAUCAAAUACAACCUCUAUGGUGUAGCUUUUUAAAAAGUAUUUAUUCUUAUAUUUUUAUUAGACAUUGUUAUUAUGUCCUCUGCUAAUCACUGCUUAUUGACUCUUGUCACUUGGAAUGUUGUGUGUGCAAUAUAAAAUACUGAUUUUGUUUUAUUGCAAAUAUGAAUGUCAUGACAUGACCAUAUCGACCACGAAAGCCUUUUACGUACAUGUAUAGACAUACUGUUCAAUGUAUUGGAUGUGCCUGUGCAGCAUGUUGUUGUCCACGAUCAAUUUGUAUUUACUGUUCUGCACAAAAUCACACUGGAGCCCAAGCUCUAUAAAAUAUUGAUUCAUUCAUGCCAUUUAUUCCGUGAUAUUCUUGCCUUUGUGUUAUUAGGGUUUAACGUUGUGAAUUGUGAGACCUUUUGUGACAAAAAAUUGGAUUUUAAAAAACUGCUUGAUUUAAAUGUUUAACUUUAAAACUAUGUGAUACUAUGUGUAACAGUAAGCUAUUCAUUUACGUAUCAAAUAUGUUGAAGAUCAAUAGUGUUUCUUUGUUUGCAUGAUAUUGUUUCUUUCCUGUAAGUUAUAGAAAAUGUUGUUGUGCACACUUGCAAUGUAUUUAUUUAUUGAAUAAAACAAGUAUGCCUCUUUUCCUCCAGGCAUUGGGCUGAUGCAAAAAGAGAGCGGCUUCCCACUGAGCUCACUGAGCUGUUCAUUUGUCAUCAGCUGGAAACGGCUCAAUCACAGAAAAUGAGAAAAUCUUUAUAGCUCUGUGGAUGAUGGUGCUUUUGUGUACUAUGUGUACUAGUGAAUUAUGGCUAAUAUCUUAUUUCUUCUCCUUUUCCUCAACCAAAAUAAAAAUCUUAAUUAAUUCCUUAACCAAUUAGUUGAUUUAAUGGCUGCAGUAAUGGCAAAUUUUAUCUGGCAAUGGUGAACUGUUGGAUGUGUGAAUCUAAAUUCCCGCAGUUAUUACCUUGAUAUGAAUUGUUUCAUAGCACCAACAUUUUUAUUCUGCAUAUUCAUAUUUAUUCUGCACUGGAAUUGUACUCCUUAAUACAAACUCCUUCUUUAGACACUUUAUUUUUAUUUUUACAUUACAUUUUAUUGUAUUUUAUUGUAUUUUUAUAUUUUAUUGCUUGAAGUAUGCCUAGGUUGUUCUUUUUAUUUAAUUGUGUUGUUAUUGUCUCUGUGUGUAAUGCUGCUGCUACACUGUAAUUUCCCAGCUUGGGAUAAAUAAAGUCUGUCUAUCUAUCUAUCUAUCUAUCUAUCUAUCUAUCUAUCUAUCUAUCUAUCUAUCUAUCUAUCUAUCUAUCUAUCUAUCUAUCUAUCUAUCUAUCUAUCUAUCUAUCUAUCUAUCUAUCUAUCUAUCUA